ACGAGCAACGUGGGACUCGAUCUGUUUAACUAAACUACCUUUUUACAAUUACUUUGAUCUUUGGCCUGAUUGUGCCUGGCUUGGUCACAAUUAUUUUGCACGGUUGAACGAAGGGAAUUAUUAUAAACUAAGGAAGAGAAGAAACAGUACCGCUUCCUUGCACCUUAAGUGUGUUUAGGUCUUCAGUUCUCAUUCCACGAGCAUGGCAGACUCGGGCGAGCCCGUCACGCCUACUCGCAUUCCGCACUGGCGCCUCGUUAUUGACCAAGGCAUCCUGACUGAGGACGUUGUUAGCCACCCUUACGCUGGCUCCGGCACUGAAGAUGAUCCUUAUCUUGUCACCUGGAUUCCCAAUGAUUCUCGAAAUCCUAUGAACUUCCAGGACAGAUGGAAAUGGUUUUACACGAUAACGGUGGCCUGGGCGACCUUAGCGGUAUCGCUAGUGUCUUCUGCGUACACCGGUGGAGUUGACCAGAUCAUGGAACAAUUUCACUGCGGUACAGAAGUAGCAACGCUGGGAGUGUCUUUAUUCGUUGUGGGAUUCGCCAUCGGUCCUUUACUUUGGGCGCCCAUGAGUGAGCUAUACGGACGACAGUAUCUUUUCAUCGGCAGCUAUUGUGGAUUGACUGUGUUCAAUGCAGCCUGUGCAGGUUCAAAAAAUAUUUGGUCUCUUAUAAUAUUCCGCUUCUUCGCUGGUUCUUUCGGAUCGUCCCCUCUGACAAACGCCGGUGGAGUGAUUGCAGAUAUGUUCCCGGCUAGUCAGCGUGGUAUAGCUAUGAGCGUCUUCGCGGCCGCCCCGUUCUUAGGACCGGUGCUAGGGCCUAUCAUUGGGGGCUUCUUAGGUAUGAAUGCCGGCUGGAAGUGGGUGAUGGGAUUCUUGGCCAUCUUUUCAGGUGCUCUCUGGAUUAUUGGGGCAAUCUGUGUCCCAGAGACCUACGCCCCUGUCCUUCUGCAACGACGGGCAGCGAAACUAUCUAAAGUUACCGGGAAAGUGUACCGAAGUAAAAUCGAGGUAGACCAGGGAAAGAAAACGCCCAAAGAAGCUUUCCAAAUCGCACUCUCUCGCCCUUGGCUCCUACUUUUCCGCGAACCAAUUGUGCUCUUGCUGUCGAUUUAUAUGGCCAUCAUUUAUGGAACCCUAUAUAUGAUGUUUGCGGCUUUCCCUAUUGUCUACCAAGGACAGCGAGGAUGGAACCAAGGUGUUUCUGGAUUGGCAUUCCUGGGGAUCAUGGUUGGAAUGCUCGUGGCAGUGGCUUACACACUCUGGGAUAAUAAGCGUUAUAUUAAUACCCAGACACGACAUAAUGGCUUUGCACCCCCGGAGGCUCGGUUGCCCCCAUGCAUGAUUGCCUCGGUUGCCAUUCCAGUUGGCCUUUUCUGGUUUGCCUGGACGAAUUACCCAUCAAUUCAUUUUAUGGCCAGUAUCGCAGCCGGCGCGCCAUUCGGAUUCGGUAUGGUUCUGGUCUUUCUCAGUUUGAUGAAUUACCUGAUUGAUGCCUAUACAAUCUUUGCUGCCUCCGUGUUGGCUGCCAAUUCCGUUCUUCGUUCAAUUUUUGGGGCUGUUUUCCCGCUCUUCACAACAUACAUGUAUAAUGAUCUAGGCGUGCACUGGGCGUCUAGUAUACCCGCGUUCCUCGCAGUCGCAUGUGUCCCGUUUCCUUUCCUGUUCUACAAAUACGGCCCAGUGAUUAGGACGCGCUGCAAGUAUGCAGCGCAAUCAGAUGCCUUUAUGAAGAAGUUAAUGGAACAGUCUGUCAAUACCCAUCAAGUGACAGACGCCGAGAAGAAAUCCGUGAAUGCUGCUGUGGAUGAAUCGAAAGACACGGAUUACUCUCCAUCUGCGCCCACCCCAGUGAGCUCGCAAUUGGAAGAUCUUCCGUCAGGUGCCAAGUUUGGACGGGUGCACUCUAUAGCAUCAGAGGCGUCUCGUCGGUCUGAGGGAGUGAAUUCUCAAACUGCAUAUGAUGCCAAUCCAUAUGACAUUGACCGUGUCAACACCCGUGAGUCAUUCAAAUAGAGGUUAUGAUUGUGAUCUGUUGAUGGAUAUAGAAUUUCUUCUCUGCGGCUAUCGUUUCUCCCUUCAAAAUAGUAUAGAUAGUGUUUAGUAUUUAGUGUCUAUCCUUAGAACUCACUGAUAGAGAGCAUGACUUCCUCCUUGCUUCCAA